AUGCCGGCUGCAAUGGUGGUAACUGGCGGGGCAGACGCCGAAGGGAAGACGACAGUUUAUGUGAUUAUAAGUGCAAUAAUGGCUGCUUUUGGAGGCUUAAUGUUUGGUUAUGACAAUGGAAUUGCAGGAGGAGUAACGUCCAUGGAUGACUUCUUGGAGAAAUUCUUUCAUGACGUAUACGAAAAAAAACUGAAAGCACAUGAGAACAACUACUGCAAAUACGACAAUCAAUUCCUGCAGUUGUUCACGUCGUCCUUGUACAUUUCCGCCCUCGUCUUCAGCUUUGUGGCGUCCUUUCUCUGUAAAAAAUUUGGUCGACGCCUCACCAUGCGCUUAGCUGCUGUCUUCUUUCUCGUAGGUGCUCUUCUAGACGGUUUCGCCGUCAACCUCCCAAUGCUCGUCAUUGGUCGUAUCUUCCUCGGUGCUGGUGUAGGUUCCGCCAAUCAGUCUGUUCCACUGUUCAUAUCGGAAAUCGCUCCGGCCAAUAUCCGAGGGGCGUUGAACAUUCUGUUUCAACUGUGCGUGACUAUAGGAAUCCUGGUAGCGAAUUUAGUGAGCUACUUCGUGUCCAAGGUCCAUCCUCAUGGAUGGAGGAUAGCUGUAGGCCUUGCAGGGGUGCCUGCAGUCAUUCUUCUCCUGGGCUCCUUGGUCAUCACUGAGACCCCAACCAGUCUUGUCGAACGUGAGAAGUUCGAAGAAGGGAGAACUACACUCAUGAAGAUCAGAGAUACAGCAAAUGUCGACUCGGAAUUCGAUCAGAUCGUUCAUGCCUGCGAGUUGGCUAGACAAGUGAAGGACCCAUAUGGGAAACUCAUGAAGCGUCCCAGCCGUCCUCCAUUGGUGAUUUCCGUCUUCAUUCAAAUCUUUCAGCAAUUCACAGGAAUUAACGCAAUCAUGUUCUACGCACCUGUACUUUUCCAAACCAUGGGUUUUAAGAGCGAUGCUUCAUUGCUAUCAGCCGUCAUCACUGGUUUAGUUAAUGUGUUUAGCACUUUGGUUUCUAUCUAUGCCGUUGAUAGGGCUGGAAGAAGGGUUUUGCUCCUUCAAGGAGCCAUUCAGAUGUUCAUCUCCCAGAGUAUUAUUGGGAUUCUUCUAGUGAAGGAUUUAAAGCCCACAGGAUCUUUAGGGCAUAAAGAAGCCAUUAUUAUAGUGUUGCUGGUGUGUUUGUUCGUGAUGAGCUUUGCCUGGUCAUGGGGACCCUUGGGUUGGUUGAUUCCUAGUGAGACCUUCCCUCUUGAGACAAGAACAGCAGGGUUUGCUUGUGGUGUGAGCUCUAACAUGUUUUGCACAUUCAUCAUAGCUCAGUCAUUCCUGUCAAUGCUGUGCGCCAUGCAAGCCGGUAUCUUCUUCUUCUUUGCUGCUUGGAUCUUGGUCAUGGGCCUUUUCGGUUUCUUCUUGAUUCCUGAGACCAAGGGCCUGCCGGUGGAUGGUAUGAUCGACAGAGUGUGGAAGAAACACUGGUACUGGAAGAGAUAUAUGCAAGAUGAAGAUCCAGAUGAGGAUCAGAAACAGAGCAAGCUAGAGAUGGCACCAUCUUCAUCGAGAUCUUAG